AUGAAUUUAUCAAAAAUAAAAAUAUUCUGGCUUUUAUUUUUGAUAAAAUUUGCGGAAGCAAAUAUUCUUUAUGAUGUCUUAAAACAGUGAGCUCAUAAUAAUAUCUCAAUUUUGAAAUAAAAAAUGAAAAGGGGUUGACAAAUUUAUCUCGUUCAGAAUGGUUUCUGCAUGAAUGCUUUCAUUUUAUUAGAAAAAUGUUCAGUAAAAUUCAAAGUUCCAAACUUCCGUUCAAUAAUGUCAAAACUUUUCAAAAAAAAAAACUAGUUUGCAGAAGAACUGGUGAUCCAUGUGAGAAUCUGUAUCGCCACACGUGCCCUCUUGGUGUUAAUAGAACAAUAAGUCAGGAACUUGAAAAGUCAAUAAAUCCAAUUCUUCAAAAAUUUGAUGAAACACAAGAUGCUGUUAGAAAGACAUAUUCAUUUUUGGUAAGACCCGUGAGAGACAAAAAAAUAACACGACUUUUAUAAUAGAAAAGCGCACAAAAACUGAAGCUUGUUUCUAAUUUCGAAGAACUAAUCUCAAUAGCGAUGAAAAACCGAUGCACCAAUGACAUCAUUCAAAAUUACAAUUAUUCUUUCCAUCUUUCAAAAUCUUGCAAAUCUGCCGGAAACAAAAGCGAGUAUCAAAACGUGAGUGGAACUUCAAACCCAGAAAAGCACUAAAAUUUUCAGAAAAUCGAUAAUAUUCAAAGAAUAAUAGAAUCAGCAAUUGAAUCUAUGACAUUUAUCAAAAUUUGUGAAAAAUUCAAUUUAACCAAAGGUGUUCAAUAUCUGGAAAACAUUUUAGAACAAACGAAAAAAGUUAUGAUAGAAGAUAUUAAAAAUACAAAUUGGCUAUUGAAGCACAAUCAAACGGAUAUUGCAAUCAGAGUUAUUGAAAAAAUAUAUCUAACAUUUGACUCGAAAAAUCAAGAGAAAGUAAAAUUCUUUUUCAAAGAUUUUGAAAAUUGUUUCAACUCAUGCUUGAAAGAGUGAGCCUGAUCAUAGGUAAAUAUGUUUUCUAAAAUCAAAAUCAUUCAGUUUUCCUAACUCCACUGAAGUCUGUGUGACUCAUGGUUAUGAAUGUGCAGCAAAGCAUAACUUUACUUGGAUAGAUCUUAUAAAAACCGCAAAUGGGGUCAAUGAACAUAACAAAAUCAUCAAUUUUGGGAUCUCUUUUAUCCUAUAUGCAUCUCAAACUCAAGAUGAAGUUCUAAAGGUUGCACUAAUUGCAAGCCUGAUGGCUCAUGAAUUAUCGCACACAAUGAUGAAUUCAAUAACUGCAUCAAAUGAUAAUAUUUUAUCCUACUUUCCACCAAAAGCUGAAGAUUGUAUAACAAAACAAUAUGAGAGCACUUGCAAAACUUAUAAAGAGGUUACGUCCAAAGUAAAAAUAUAGCAAAAAAUGCAAGAAUAUAUCGUCCAAAGCUCGCCUUAUAUUCGAAAUACAGAACAAAGAAAUAGUGUGUAUAUUCGAGAGACGCAGACACGAAACAGAGAAAUAUUGUGUUUACUCGAGAGACGCAGACAGCUAGACUUUGGACGAUAUAUUUUCGCAUUUUUUGUUAUAUUUUUUUACUUUGGACACCGCAUUAAGUUUUUGUGGGAAAUAAUGUUGACUGUAUUUUUUAGAUUAAAUGUUUCAUGACUUUCCGUCAACUCGAAGAAGCUGGAGCAGAUGUAAUCGGGAUGAAUUUAGCAUAUAAGUUGUUCAAAAACAUCAUAAAUCAAUCUGCCUCUGAAUCAAUAUUGAAAAAACUCAAUUUAUCAAACAUUGAUCAACUAUUUUUCCUGACCUACUGGAGUAUACUUUGCCGUCCGGAAAAAAUCACAACAACAGAGAUGAAAGAUCAUCCUGCUAACAAUAUUCGAAUCAAUGCUGUUGUUCAACUUCCAGAAUUUCAGAAAAGUUUCAAUUGUUCGGCUGAUAGUACAAUGAUGAAAUCUAGAACUGUAGGGUAACUAUAAAAACUUGAAAUUCUAUUGAUUUUCAGGACCAAUGCCUCAUCUAUGGGAAGAAGUCGAAAUUUAAAUAA